AAAAAAAAAAACAGUUAAAUCGAUCAUCACUCAUCCCGCCGACUCCAAUUGUUUUUUUGUAUACCCUCCAUUUACCCCCCUAACAUUAACCCCCAUAUAUAUUAUAUAUAUAUAUAUAUAUAUAUAUCUGUAUAUCUACUACACUACUCCAGAAAACGACACCUUUCAGCCCACAAUACAAUGUCCGCCGCCGCCGCCGCCGUUCCCCGGCUACCCUGCCAGCUACUACGGAUACGGACGCGUACGGGUGUGGUGGGAGCUUCUUCACGGAUAAUAGCUGCUGGGCAUGGGGUUGCUCGAGGACAGGCGGCGCAGGUGCCGGUGCAGCGGUGCCGGAGUGGUGGCUUGAACAAUGCUGCUGGUGUAGGUGUUGGUGUUGGUGUUGGUGUUGGUGUUGGGCCCUGUGCGGGUGUGCGGUGGUUUUCUUCUGGGGGUGUUUGGAGGCAGGAUACGUCUGGGGAUGCGAGUGGGAAUGGGGAGCAGAAAAAAGAGAUGGAGUUUAAGACGUAUGGGUUUGAGGAGAUAACCGCCUCCCUCCCCACCAGCUCCAGCAGCUCCAGCUCCAGCUCCAGCUCCAGCCCCCCCUCCCCAAUCCUAAUCGACGUCCGCGAACCCGCCGAACUCACCUCGACCGGCAUAAUCCCCACAGCCCACCACAUCCCCAUCCGCACACACCCAGACGCCUUCUUCCUUCCCCCCGACGAAUUCCUCACCCGCUUCGGCUUCGCGAAGCCCGAGGCUGAUACGCCACCACCAUCCCCAUCCCCAUCCCCAUCCUCUUCUUCUUCAACAGCAACAACAGCAACACCAACGAAGCAGAAACCCGACAUCGUCUUCUACUGCAAGGCGGGCGUGCGUGCGCGGUCGAUGGCGAUGCUGGCGGCGCAGGCGGGGUAUGAUCAAGGACGGUUGGGGGUGUAUUAUGGGAGUUGGUUGGAUUGGGAGAAGAGGGGGGGUCCGGUGGAGAGGUGGGAGGGGAAGGGAGAGGGGGAGGGAUAGAGGGAGGGAGGGAGGGAGGGGGGUUUUCUUAGGGUGAUUAGAUGGUAAUGGAUUUAUAAAGGAUUGAUUGAAAAGAGGAAAGGAAGGAGGAGAGGGGAAGGAGUUGGUUGGGUGGGGGGGAGGGGGGAGGGGGGGGGAUGGCUUUUGUUCUA